AUGAUGUUCCCCAACUUCGCUGCCGGCCUUGUUGCCGCUCUUUCUAUCUCCGGUGUCAACGCCGGUCUUUGCCGUCCUAGCUCGCAAACCAGCGCGGCUGUUUCGUCUGGUAGCACUACAGCUAAGACUGGAUCUGAGACUUCAGCCACGCAAACUGUUGUUGGUACCACUACCACGAGUGUUGGUUCCGAGACAACCACCACUGCCGAGGCUGGCGCUGAGACGACCACGAGCGUUGAGUCUGGGUCUGAGACUACUACUGCCGAGACUGGAUCUGAUACCACUACCGUUGUCGUGGUCUCUGACACCACCACCGCUGAGACAUCCUUGGCCACUACUACCAUCCUCACCACCUCUGGUAUCGAUACCACCACCGACCUGACCACCUUCAUCACCCUCACCGCUGCCGACACAACCACUUCUGAGCUGGCAACAACCUCUGCGUUCGUUCCAGCUGAUCUCUUCCCCUGCGUCACCAACGAAGACUGCAAUGCCUUCGUUCAGCUCUGCGAUGCCGUCCGCUGCGGCUGCAUCAACCGCAAUUGCGAGCAACUCACCGGCACCACCACCACUGCUGAGCCUACCACCACCGCAGCUGUCGAUGAGGAAACAACCACUGCUGCCGCGGAGGAGAACACGACCAUCGACGCAGUUGAAGAGCCUGCUACAACUACUGAAGCCGAGAUAAUCGUCACUGAGACGGCAAUUGUUGACCGCCGUCGCGCUCCCGCUGGUUCUGUGCCCGAGGGUGCUUACUACUGCGAUGUUACUGAGGACUGUGGCGACAAGACUGACAUUGAUGGAUACAGCUGCGAGGUCCUUGGAUGUACUUGUCUUGAGAACUCUUGCGUUGCCGAGGUGCCCAACCUCUAA